ACCACACGGAACAUCGUUGCCACAGCUCACAAAAGAAAGAAGCCACGACAAUGGUCCAUCGUCGCCAACUGUCUGCUUUCGACUUGGGUUUGUUGGCGGUGACUCUAACGACGCUGUCAACUUUAGUUGUGUGGCUGGAGCAGCGGAGUUCAUACCAAGAAACACAGCAGCGACGGCUGCAUCUUCAAAUCCAGGGGCAGUCUCAUCAGCAAUCCUUCAAGAUCCUACAGCUAGCCGACCUGCACUUUGGGGAAGCUUCCGAUACAGACUGGGGGCCACAGCAAGACAUCAACAGUCUGAACGUCUUGGAUUCCGUGAUUCCGCUAGAGCAACCGGACCUCAUUAUCUUGAGUGGAGAUCAGAUCACGGCCAACAAUAUCGACCAGAAUGCAACGGCCGUCUAUCGGCGAAUAUGUGAUAAGUUACAGCACUAUGGUGUACCCUGGGCAAUGAUAUUUGGCAACCACGAUGACGCCCCUUUGGAAGUCGACGAUUCUCAAGAUGAAACAAAAAUAAUUGUGACUCCAGCGAGAACAUCACGUGAAGACCUCUUCCAUGUCGACCACAGUUUUGCGCCUCUCUCACUGACCAGACGGGGAGCUGAGUCAGUGUUUGGAGUGUCCAACUACGUCUUGGAUGUUUUUUAUAAUGGCAGUGGUACUGGCAACUCUCACAGCAACACUGUGGCACUCCAAUUGCUCUUUUUGGAUUCCGGUGGUGGGACCUUGCCCAAACAGUUGCUAGCCAAUCAGGUCGACUGGUUCCAUCAAAGGCGAAAGCAUCACCAGGGCAUUCCCAUGGUGGCAUUUCAGCACAUUCCGACCAAAGAGUUUGAGUAUGAUGGCAAUACCUGUCAAGGCAUGCAAGAUGAUGGGGUGGAUGCACUGUCGCCUGAUGCCAACAUGGUGGAUGCGCUAUUGAAUGACGGGAAUGUGCACUUUCUGGCCGUUGGCCAUCAGCAUGGGAAUGACUAUUGUUGUUCUUAUCAGUCAUCUAGUAGCAACAACGACAAUAAUGAUAAUGGCAACAACCUGCAUUUGUGCUUUGGAAGGCACUCUGGUUAUGGUGGUUAUGGAAGUUGGGACAGAGGGGCCAGAGUAUAUGAGUUGUAUUUGAACAACAAUAACGUGGCCGGUGUGACUGGAGGCGGAGAAGAGGAAAGCGAUGCUGAUGAGGAGCAAGAACCAACUUUCACUUGGAAUUCAUGGGUGAGGAUGGAGUCUGGAGACGUUCAAGAUGAAUACAAUCCUUUUGGAAAUGGCCAAGAUGAUGAUGCAGAAUAUCGGUUGCGGUGACUAUGGAAUCCACACCUCAGAAUUGUUGAACACUUAACCUUGUAAGCUAGUUGGAAACGUACUGUAGCGGGUUUAGGUUUGUGUGGAGAUGC